GUUCUGCUUGCCAUGAAUAUUUUGACGUUGAUUUUUGAUUUUCAAUACGCACGUUUCAAAAAGUCUAAAGAUGUUAAUUAAUUAAUUAUAUUUAACUUGUAUUAAUGUUAUAAACAGUUUGUUGUAAAUAUAAAGAGAAAAAAAUGCCGCAAGGAAGGAGACGAGCUCCUUUUAGUGGGAAAGCCAAAAAACAACAAAUGCAAGAAAAAAAACAACGCAAAAAUCAAAUCUUACUCGGACAAGGUCAUAGCAGUAAGGAUCAUGAUAACUGGGAUGAGGAGGAAGAGCAAGCAGGCAAAUUAAUUAAAAAAAUAAACAAACAACCGCGUGAUGUUGGUCGAAAUAAAUAUGCUCUGCACUUUUUUCAAGAGUCACAAGAAGAAUUGCGAAAACGUAAGGAAGAAGCUUAUCAAACAAUUGAAAUACUUCCUCUCAAUAAACAGGAAAUUUCCGAUUCAUAUUUUCCACCGGAAAUUGAUUUACCUAAACGACCUCCUUGGGAUUUUAACAUGUCGAAGGAGCAACUGGAGAUACGAGAGCAAAAAUAUUUUAAAGAAUAUUUGGACAAUUUAAACAUCGAAAACCUUAGUUUCUUCGAAUUAAAUUUAGAGACAUGGCGUCAAUUAUGGCGUGUUUUAGAAAUGUCUGAUAUACUAUUAAUUAUUGUUGAUAUUCGUUAUCCAGUGUUGAUGUUUCCUCCAUAUAUUUAUCGAUACAUUACCAGGGAUCUUGGAAAAGAUAUGAUAUUAAUUCUCAAUAAAAUUGAUUUAGCACCACCAUCACUUGUCGUUGCUUGGCGAGACUAUUUUAAGAAGCACUAUCCGCAACUUCAUAUUUUAAUGUUCACCUCUUACCCACAUUACAAUUUACGGAGUAGCAUUAGUAAUAAAGAGGGUGGUCUACAAAAAAGACGAAGAAAGGGAAAACUAAAAAUGGCCGCAGAAGGUGCCAAACAAUUGUUAGAUGCCUGUAAAGAAAUUGUUGGCGACAAAGUUGAUUUAACAUCAUGGCAGGAAAAAAUCCACGAGGAAAUGAAUUCGGAAUAUGAUUUAGACGAUUUGGGAAGAAAGGACAAUGUCACGGUUCAGGAAAAAGAUACGAGUUAUUUUGAGCAUGUGAAAUUCAAAAAUGGUGUCCUAACUAUUGGUUGCAUUGGCACUCCGAAUGUUGGAAAGUCUUCCUUGAUGAAUGCCCUAAUGGGUAAAAAAGUGGUGAGUGUUUCUCGAACACCGGGUCACACGAAACAUUUCCAAACGAUUUUCCUGACAAAGACAGUUUGUCUUUGUGAUUGUCCGGGAUUAGUUUUCCCAUCAAGAGUGCCGAAACAAUUGCAAAUAUUAAUGGGAUCAUUUCCUAUUGCUCAAGUGAGAGAGCCGUACACUACAGUAAAAUUUUUAGCGGAAAGAAUAAAUUUGCCGGAAUUACUCAAGUUGCAGCAUCAGGACAAUGAUGACACUUGGUCGGCAAUGGAUAUUUGUGACAGUUGGGCCGCGAAAAGAAAUUACAAAACAGCCAAAGCGGCGAGACUCGAUUCUUACAGAGCCGCGAAUUCAUUGUUGCGAAUGGCUUUAGAGGGAACAAUAUGUUUAUUUGUUUACCCUCUUGGAUGGUCAACUGAGAAAGAAUUGUGGGAAACUCAUCCGGAUUUGGAGAUAGUGAAAUGGAUUCAAGCGAGAAGUGCGGUUGAAGAAGAAAGAAGUGAGGAACAAAGCAAAUUUCCCGCUUUGGAUGAUGAAGAUAGUGAAAGUUUCGAGUCCCAUUCGACUGAUUCUGAGGAUGCCAUCGAAUCUGAGACGUCGGAAGCGACAAAUAAAUUUGAAAUUUUGUCCACUACAAAAUAAGAGGUUGGACGAAUACCAAGAGGAACUGGUAACAUGGGUCCAGCAUCUUGAUCCGUAAAAGCUUUGGCAUCCGGAAGUGUUGGAAAGCUGAAUUCUUUGGAUGCAGGAUAUUCGAGGAGUUCAAAAACUGCCAAUAAUUCACCAGCCCGUCCAGCGCCUCGGGUUAUCUCGAACCAUUCGAGAGACGGUGGGAAUUGUGGUGGUGUAUACGAUUCAAAGGCAAGUUUAACGUGUGGCCGUGCCAAAGCACGACCAAUAUACUCUGAUUUUCCCUAGAAACCAAUGUAGAAUUAUAUUUUCACGGAAGAAAAAAGCUUUAAGAAAAGUAUUUUUUUCAAAUACAGGAUUUCAUGAAUAUUCGUAAAAGCACAAAGAAUAUAAAAGCAAAUAUAUAUCACACAAUAAAGUUUACAAAUAGCAAUAAUAAUAAAUGAAAAAAAUAAAUUAAAAACUUUAACAAAUUCCAUUUACAAUAAUUUUUCUCUGUGCUUUUUUUAUAUUUUCGAAAAUUGACAGAAUUUGAUCAAUUCUACUAUGGAGUCAUUCGGCACUUCUAAAUUAUUUACAUUUCUAAGGAAACAGUUCAAUUCUGAUAAAUAGAAUUUUUUUGUGUAGUUUAUAAUGUGUCGAUACAAAAUAUUACAAAUUAAAAUAAUUAUUUUAAAAUAAAGCAGUCAAUUAUUGUUCGGCUAAUAAAAGCAAUUGAUUUUCGUAAAAUUCAAAUUCAAAUAAUUGGAAUUCAAUCAAUUUAAUUGAAAUAAACAUUUUUUAAUUUGACACUAAACCAUAAUCAAAUUGCCAAAAGAUAAUCAACCGGUUUUAUUUGUGAAUGCAAAUAUAUAAUAAUAAAAUAGAGAUUUUUACUUGUCAGAGCUAAUAAAACACAAAAGAAAGCACCAAACGUGUCAAAAAACCUAAAAGAAAAAGAAAAAUAUGUACAGUUGUUUAAUUUGAAGCAAAAUAUAAAAAAAAGAGUUUCAUUCAAAUAUUUUGAUAUUGUCUGCAAAUGAUGUAUACAAACUGUUAAAGCAGACCCCUCAUGCACUGUUUGUCCAUAGACACAAAAUGACUCUGAAAAAAAUUAAAAAAUCGUACAAAAAUAUAGUGUUAUGUUUGUGUUAAGAUGUGUUAUCUUGAAUAAACAUCUCAAAUAAAAUAUAUCAUCAUCAUCAUCAUCAUCAUCAUCAUCAUCUUUUAAUAUAGAUAAUUGCAAUAAAUUAUAAUAAUAUAUUGAGUUGAAAAAAAUAGUAGUUAUAUAAUUUUUCCUCUAUACAUAUAA